GACUCUGAGCUAGCCAGCGCGUGCACACCACAGGCCCUGCCUGCCCAUGACAAGUGGCGAUUUGUAAUGGGGAUCAUAACAAAACUCAGCCUGAUCAGAGGCACGUGUGAAGUGUGCCCAGCACAUGCCUCAGUCCUGUCCUGGGAGCAGGCUGGGAUUUCGCAGCAAGCAGCUGCCUCGCAACCCCCAGAGUUCCAGGAGCUGGAAGUGGGAAAGUUGGCGUGGAAUGUAUUUCUCUGAAUUAGUCUGGUCAGGAAUUGAAUAUUCCUGGUGGAGUUGAGCAGGUGGAGAGCUGGGUUGGGGGCUGGGCAUUUGUUCUUGGUUGGGUUGUUAUCCCACAACGAAUUGGUUUCCUGCCUCUGAAAUGGCAACAGCAGCACAGGCCAGCGGAGGCAGCGCCCGGUGCACAGUGCUCUGCCUGGACCCGCCACCAUUCUCCCUUUUGCAGGUGGAGAAGCCAGACACAGGGAGGCAAGGUCACUUUGCUGAGGUUGCAGUGACAGGACAUGAGCCCAGCAGUUUGGGUGCACCUAAGCAGGCUGUCCCUCCCAUCCAGCAUCUGAACCUCAUUGUCUACUGGGGCACCUCACCUGGGGAACUCAGGACUAAUUCUAGAAUGCUACUUGUGAGCCAGGCGCUGUAAGCCUCUUUAUUCAGCAUAUGGGGAAACUGAGGCACCAAGCAGUUCACCCAAGCUUUGGGAGUCAAAAUUGAACAAAAGUAGUUUGACCAGGAGUAUUCAAUCUUAACUCCUCCUGCCCCCAGCGGCUUCCCUGCUUCUCUGCUUAAGAGGGUGUUUCUUUCCUCUGGCCUCAUCCUCCUAUCUGCCGGCCUGUGUUCCCAAGUUCCUACAAAAACUCCGAAGUGAAGGCCGACCCCAGAGUGCAGGGGUCUGCAGCCAGGUUCAGUGCCCAGGAUGAUGUGGGGGGGGGGCUGCAUCUCCUGGCACAGGGUCCACUGUCACCCGCAGACCCCACAGCCGCUACGAAGGGCAGCUCCUGCAGGGGCUGAGGUCACUCCAGCACCAGCCACCUGGCCAGGCUUAAAGGGCCCAGGCAGGGCAAUAGUACCUAGGCCCUUCUUCUAGAAAUUGCCUUUUUAUAAACACAGGCCAGGUUUUCACCUUCACUUAUUUAUUUAUUCAGUCACUCUGACUUUAAACUCGUAUUGAGCUUACAGUUAGCUGGUGGUUCUCAGUAGCCAACUUAAAACCUUGUGGAGUGACGGGGCAGGGGCGAGCAAGGUGAGAAUGCCUCUCUUACACGUGGCUGCCUGCAGUUAAGCCAGGGCCACUGCCCCUUGGCCCUGGGCUUCUUGUUUUGUACUGAGUGGGCAGUGAGCAGAGAGGGAGCCACGGGGCCUGGGGAAGGGGAUGAGAGAGGCUGGCCCAGGUGAGCAAGGUCAGUGUCACAGUGCUAAGUCAGGUCUGCAGCCAGGUUGAUGGUAUGAUGUGAUGAGAAGGGCACGUCCCCUCCAUGGUCUUCCUCCAAAUAACACAUAACCCCAGACUAACAGGGAGAAAAACAUCAGAUAAAUCCCACCUGGGGAACAUCUUACAACAUACCUAACCAGUCCUUCUCCAAACUGUCAUGGUCAUCAAAAACAAGUGAUUUCUGGGGAAAUGUCACAGAUAAGAGGAGCCUAAAAAGACAUGACAAGGAAAUGUCAUGUGGUAUCCUGGGUGGGCUACUCCAAUAGAAAAAAGGACCUUAGGGAGAAACUAGGAGAUGUGAAUAAAGAAUGGGCUUUAUUCUUUGAUAAUAUCAUAGUGACAUCAAUUCUGACAAAUGUGCCGUCCUCAUGUAAGAUGCUCAUGGGAGACUGGGCCUGGCGCUCCGUGCUCAUAUCUGCCCUGUAUGGUGUGACUACGGCUGGUGUCCGGAUCCCAGUGCCUCGGGCGACACGCAGCACCCCUGCCAGGGAGGAGCUGCUGGGUCCCAUGCCCUGGCCAGCACCGGCUCUUCUCUAUGAAGCCUCGCUCGGUGGGCCACGGUGUUGAGGCCCAGCCCUCUCUGCUCUCGGCUGAGGCCUGUCUUGCUUCCUCAGUGUGUUCUUUGUUCUUUCUGGCCAUUUAAAGAUGAGCCGCUCUCCUGGCCUGUGAGGAGCUUCUGAACACAGACGCGGAUCGUCUUUUUGCUGAGUGAACCUGAGAAACAGGGCAGAGCAGUGGGGACAAUGGUGCAUUAUUAAACUGCUCUGAAAUUCAGAGCCCAGAGCAACAGGCUUUGGAGAGACUGGCAGGUGUCAGACCUGGGCCGAGGCCCCCACUAAUCCCGUUAGCGGCUUAGGGCUGGCAGAUGGAAAACAGAAUGAGAUUGUGUCUUCUCCAAAGAUGGCCGAUUAAAGUAUGUACAAAUAUUCACUGCCACACCAAGGUGCCUGCUUGCUCGGAUUUUUCUGCUUAUGCAAUUAGUCACUGCAUAGAGUGAGCCCCACACGAAGAAAGUAACUAAACACGUGUAUGCACGUGCACACACGGGGUUCCUGCACUUGUCUUUCCAAUCUCAGGCUAGAAGAGUGUGAACACCAGGGUUUUGCCCUGCUGCUGCAAGUGGCAACUCUGUCUCUCCCAGAUGGUCUGUUUAUAAUUUGGCAUUUCCUCACCCCAUCUGGAGAAGUGUUAAAUUUUUUCAUUCAUUCAUUCAGCAAGUAUCUGGCAGCCUGCACAGCGGUGUGUGGGUGCCGAGUGCUGGGUGAAAAUGCAGGGUCCCUGCCACUGUUGUCCCUGCAGGGCUAGGUGCCCUUUCCCUGCCCUACUGGCUGUCUGUCCAACACUUGUGCUCGCUGACCAGUGCAGUGAACCCUGGCUGGGAUCCUUCCUUGCUGCAGGCAUCAUGUCUCUCCUUUAAGCUUGCGUAGAAAGUUCUUUUGUCCGGGCAGCACUGGCAUGAUUGAAUCACUGCUGUGGCCAAACAGGAUGUGGUUCUGGGCGACUCCCAACUUCCAGCAAUCGAUUGUUGUUGUUUUCGGCAGCCUCAAGAGGGACAGACCCCCCAACAAUAGGGUGCUUCAGGGUCCUGGAGGGGAGCCCUGGCCCAAUGAAGAGAGACCGGUUCUGCAGCAUUCAAGGCCUGUGUUGGAAACCGAAGGGUGGAGGUAGGGCAAGCUCCCGAAGUCAUUCUCCAGCCCAGAGGAGCAGGCUGAACCUCUUGGAGGAAAAUCUUUAGCACUGGGAGGAAGCACGUUGCCAGGUUGAUGCCAUCGUGCAGCGUGCUUGCCUGAGACAGAGGCAUCAGCACCCGCUGGAGUAACUUCAGGAAGAAACAUGAGGCCUUAGCAGCUCACGCAGGAGGCGAAUUUCGAGAUGGCGGCUCAGCGGAUCCGAGCUGCCAACUCCAAUGGCCUCCCCCGGUGCAAGUCAGAGGGGACUUUGAUCGACCUGAGUGAGGGGUUCUCAGAGACGAGCUUUAACGAUGUCAAAGUGCCUUCCCCCAGUGCCUUGCUAGCGGACAGCCCCACACCUUUCGGAAAUGCUAAGGAAGUGAUCGCGAUCAAGGACUAUUGCCCAACCAACUUCACCACCCUGAAGUUCUCCAAGGGAGACCACCUCUACGUGCUGGACACAUCGGGUGGCGAGUGGUGGUACGCACACAACACCACCGAGAUGGGCUACAUCCCUUCCUCCUACGUGCAGCCGCUGAACUACCGGAACUCCACCCUGAGCGACAGCGGCGUGAUCGACAACCUCCCCGACAGCCCAGACGAAGUGGCCACAGAGUUAGAGCUGCUCGGGGGAUGGCCGGAUGACAAGAAAGGGUUGGGCAGAACGUACAGUAACAACCCUUUUUGGAACGGGGUCCAAACAAACCCGUUUCUGAAUGGGAACCUGCCGGUGCUGCCCAGCUUGGAUGAGCUGAAUCCCAAAAGUACUGUGGAUUUGCUCCUUUUUGAUACGGGCACAUCCUCCUUCACGGAGUCCAGCUCAGCGACCACAAACAGCACCGGCAACAUCUUUGAUGAGCUUCCGGUCACCAACGGACUCCACGCAGAGCAGCCAGCCAAGCGGGACAACCCCUUCUUCAGGAGCAAGCGCUCCUACAGCCUGUCAGAGCUCUCUGUCCUCCAAGCCAAGGCCGACGUCCCCACGUCGUCAAAUUUUUUCACGGGAUUGAAGUCACCUGCGCCUGAGCAGUUUCAGAGCCGGGAAGAUUUUCGAACUGCCUGGCUGAACCACCGGAAGCUGGCCCGGUCCUGCCAUGACUUGGACUUGCUCGGCCAAAGCCCCGGUUGGGGGCAGACCCAGGCCGUGGAGACGAACAUCGUGUGCAAGCUCGAUAGCUCGGGGGGCGCCGUGCAGCUUCCCGACACCAGCAUCAGCAUCCACGUGCCCGAGGGCCACGUGGCCCCUGGGGAGACGCAGCAGAUCUCCAUGAAAGCCCUGCUGGACCCCCCGCUGGAUCUCAACAACGACAAGUCCAGCAGCAUCAGCCCCAUACUAGAGGUCAAACUCAGCAACCUGGAAGUGAAAACCUUUAUCAUCUUGGAGAUGAAAGUUUCAGCCGAGGUGAAAAAUGACCUUUUUAGCAAAAGCACAGUGGCCCUCCAGUGCCUGAGGAGCGACUCAAAGGAAGGGCCGUAUGUCUCCAUCCCACUCACCUAUAGCUACGGGGACACCAUCCAGGUACAGCUGGACAACCUGGAGCCCUGUAUGUACCUGGCCGUCGUUGCCCACAGCCCGAACAUCCUCUACCCCUCCACUGUUUGGGACUUCAUCCAUAAAAAAGUCACCGUGGGUCUCUACGGUCCCAAACAUAUCCACCCAUCCUUCAAGACAGUAGUGACCAUUUUCGGGCAUGAUUGUGCCCCAAAGACGCUCCUGGUCAGUGAGGUCACACGCCAGGCCCCCAGCCCCGCCCCAGUGGCCUUGCAGCUGUGGGGCAAGCACCAGUUCAUCUUGUCCAGGCCCCAGGAUCUCAAAAUCUGCAUGUUUUCCAACAUGACAAAUUACGAAGUGAAGGCCAGUGAGCAAGCCAAGGUUGUACGGGGCUUUCAGAUGAAGCUGGGCAGGGUGAGCCGCCUCAUAUUCCCCAUCACCUCGCAGAACCCCGGCGAGCUCUCCGACUUCACGCUGCGGGUGCAGGUCAAAGACGACCAGGAGGCCAUCCUGACCCAGUUCUGCGUCCAGACUCCCCAGCCACCCCCAAAAAGUGCCAUCAAGCCAUCCGGGCAAAGGAGGUUUCUCAAGAAGAACGAAGUUGGGAAAAUCAUUCUGUCCCCUUUCGCUGCCACCACCAAGUACCCGACCUUUCAGGACCGGCCCGUGUCCAGCCUCAAGUUCGGCAAGCUGCUCAAGACUGUGGUGCGGCAGAACAAGAACCACUACCUGCUGGAGUACAAGAAGGGCGACGGGAUUGCUCUGCUCAGCGAGGAGCGUAUCAGGCUCAAGGGGCAGCUGUGGACCAAGGAGUGGUACAUCGGCUACUACCAGGGCAAGGUCGGCCUCGUGCACGCCAAGAACGUGCUGGUGGUCGGCAGGGCCCGGCCCAGCCUGCUCUCGGGGCCCGAGCUGAGCACCUCGGUGCUGCUAGAGCAGAUCCUGCGGCCCUGCAAAUUCCUCACCUACAUCUACGCCUCCGUGAGGACCUUGCUCAUGGAGAACAUCAGCAGCUGGCGCGCCUUCGCCGAUGCCCUGGGCUACGUGAACGUGCCGCUCACCUUCUUCUGCCGGGCAGAGCUGGACAGUGAGCCCGAGCGGGUGGCAUCUGUCCUGGAGAAGCUGAAGGAGGAAUGUAACAACACGGAGAGCAAAGAUCGAAAGUCCUUCCAGAAGGAGCUCGUGAUGGCCUUGCUGAAGAUGGACUGCCAGGGCCUGGUGGUCCGGCUCAUCCAGGACUUCGUGCUCCUGACCACGGCUGUGGAGGUGGCGCAGCGCUGGCGGGAACUGGCUGAGAAGCUGGCCAAGGUCUCCAAGCAGCAGAUGGACGCCUACGAGUCUCCCCAUAGGGACAGGAAUGGGGUUGUGGACAGUGAGGCCAUGUGGAAACCCGCCUAUGACUUCCUACUCACCUGGAGCCACCAGAUCGGGGACAGCUACCGGGACGUCAUCCAGGAGCUGCACACGGGCCUGGACAAGAUGAAAAACCCCAUCACCAAGCGCUGGAAACACCUCACAGGGACGCUGAUCCUGGUGAACUCCCUGGACAUCCUGCGAGCCGCCGCCUUCAGCCCCGCGGACCAUGAUGACUUUGUGAUCUGAACGAGUUCCCUGCCAUCCCUUGCUGCUCUGGAGCACGAGCCCCCAGCUGCCCUGCUGUCACCUGGGGCUGGGACGGAGGAAGGGACAGCUGCUCAGACUGACCCAGGGUCCACCCGCUGGACCCACACCCAGGGACCACGUCCACGUGAUGCUCCACCCUCUCCCCCAUCCGGGGAGAGGCCCGAAGGGAUUUUCUACUGCUGAUCGUUGCCAAUCAAAUAGCUUUCUAUUUGUUAAGUAUAAAUUUAAAUGUAAAAUCACUUUUAUAAAGAAUGGGGGGAGGGGACAUAUGAGAAAGGUGGUAUCUAAUUUUGUAAUGGACCAUAAAGGUUAAAAAACAAUUUAAUAGGGGCAGAUGCUGUUGAGGUUUUUAUGUUGUUUAAAGACCUUUUUAAAUUAUGUUACAGAUGUAUAUAGGUAUUUAAAGGUCAUCGGGCGUUUCUGAUUCCCAGACAUACUUUGCAUUUCAACACUGCACAGAAGGAUCUUGUUCGGGUACUGGACCUUUCUCACUCCCUGCUUGUAAAAAGGUAAAUCAAACGGGAGAAGCGGGUUUUCAGUAAAUGGACGCAGCCCAUACCUGUUCUUCCUGAGAA